ACCUGGCAAGGCACCUUCACUGGCUACUCCCGUCCUCACUGGACGUCGCCUCGCCCCUGUUAACCUCUGCGACUGACGUCAUAUGCAAUCCUACAGUCUUGUGAGAACCAGGAUGCCCCACCAGCAGCGCCGCCAGGAUGCUGCCGCCCGCUGACACCCGCAGCGACUGGUGCCACUACCUAGUGCCCCGGGAGGCACUCACCUCCUCCCUCAACACCUCGCCUUACGUAACAAGUGACCUUCUAGCAGGAACGUCGUCGAGGUUCAGGAAUUCUGCGACCCAGCUCGCCGGCAGCCACACUCGUCUCACUAUGAUACUGUACAAGGUGACCUGAUCUUCUUCACCCUCAACCAGCAGUGCGGCGUGACUCUACAUCUUCUCCACACCUGCGGCACCUGCGGCACUUGCGACACACCUGCCAAACACCUGGUGCAGCGGUAACUCCUCCCUGGGCUUAUUCCCUCGCAACACCAACCGCACUACACCUCUCCUCCCAUACCUAUAAUUUCCUAUUUAUUUUUGUGAAGUGCUAUACAGAUAGUAAGUGUACUACACUCUGUGGACGGCCGCCCGUGCUGGUGUUGUGUAUCCCUACACCAGUUGUUGUGAUUAUAUGGACAAUGUCUCAGUGUUGUUGUUUGUGCUACUGGCGUGUUGUGUUCCUUGUGCAGUGUUAGACCACUCAACGUUCACUGUGUACCUAGCGUGCAGCACUCAGCAUGCGGAUUGUUAAUCAAUGUUGUGUUGCGUUACUUAGUCGUCAGUAACACCAGGAGAUAACCCGUCGCCUCUGGUGGCGUCAGCAACACCAAGAUCUGGGCGGGAAGAUCAAAUACUGGAGCUUUGUGUGUGGUGAGGAGCCCGGAGUGUGUGCAGUGAGGAGCCCGGAGUGUGUGCAGUAAGGAGCCCGGGAGGUGUGUGCAGUGAGGAGCCCGGGAGGUGUGUGGUGAGGAGCCCGGAGUGUGUGGUGAGGAGCCCGGGAGGCGUGUGUGGUGAGGAGCCCGGGAGGCGUGUGUGGUGAGGAGCCCGGGAGGCGUGUGCAGUGAGGAGCCCAGUUGGUAUACAGUGAGAAUUUCAGGAAAGUUGAUCGUGAGAGGUGAUAGUGGCGCUCCCAAGGCGGGUGUUGGAGGGAGAUCGAGGUGGGGGUGGGGCGGCGGGUGUUGGGGGGUAGUGAGGGUGGUGAUAAGGCCGCCCAUGCUUACCUCUGGCCCUGCGUCUCUCUAUGUUGAGGAGUGCGGGCGUGGGCGUGCGCUGGCAAGGGGGGCGAGGUAUAAAGACAGAUAGUGGGGGCGGGGAGUGGUCGCCCGCCGUCGCCGCCAUGAUCUAUUAUUCUCUGGACCCACAAUUCAACGCUCUCAUCUUCUCCGUAUGUGGCCGCCACGAGCGCUACACCCUCCUCCCAGACGCCCUUGCCUGCUAUCCCUAUGGCCACCCGGUCGCCUCGGACGUCCUGGCGUACGUCCACACGCUUGGCGUCCAUGUGGCCACCCUGGGCGACCACUACGCCUGUUUCCUCACUCAAGUUCGAGCGGGCAGCGUCAUUUUUUUAGUGGGCGUGGGUUCCCUGGUAUGUUGGAAACUAUGGGAACACUGGAGGAAAGGAGCGGGCGGCCCCACCACGCCGCCGCCCACGCCCACCGCCACACCACCAGCGCGCCGCCCUCGAGGCAUCCUAGCAUCACUCCUGGAGGAGGAUCUCGUGCAGGAUCCAGAUGAUUUCGAAGAUGAGGACCCUGCUUUCAUCCAGCUAAUAUUGGAUUUAAGUCGAGAGUACAUCACGAAGCUGAGUGUGGGCAAGUACUUCGGCCCAGAUAGCCCAUGUGAAGAAGUUCCUUGUGAUGAGGGCUCCUUGCUGAGCUCUGACAUCAGUGAGGCCAGUAACAGUGAGGCACUUGCCCAGCCUUAUCAUGCAGAUGCCAGUGCCUCUUAUUCUGCCGGAGACGGGGCUUCCUCAACUGAUGAAGACAGCCUACCGACUGAUGAGGACUCAGAUACACGUCGUUUUGGUGGUAUUAAGAGAAUUAAAAGGAAACACAAAGCCUCAGAAUUACAAAAACGUCAGGGCACACCAUUAAGACGCUGUUUGGGUAAACCUUCUGCAGUUGAAGUGUUGGCAGUGCCUCUCUCCAGUGAAGGAAGACAGAAAACUGAAGCUAAACAAAUAUCUAACAACCUCAAUACUACUCCAACUGUGAACCAUACUCACCAAGGUGGAUGGUUAUCUUCUGAAUCAUCCCCUGGCAAAGUAACAUGUUCUUUGCCUGGACAAGCCCCUCAAAGAGACCUCACACGCCACCAAGGGGAUGGAUCGGAGACUCCGGACUCUGAGGAAAUGGUUGAGAAGAGAAAACGUCUACUGCACAUGACACCGCACCAAUCUGUGGGAUGUGAUAAUGGAGACUGGCGUGCUGGUAGUAGGGUUCAACCAGAAGGAGAAGAGGAACAACCAAGUUCAAACAUCUCUAGUGCUUCACUCAGUGACCUUAUGGAAAAAAUACGCAAUAGAGCACAAAGGGGAUCAAUUACAUGUGAUAAUUCUAUAACUUCCAAUUUAUCUGAGCUUGUCACCUCACCUACCGGGUCCAGGCAAAAUCCCUUUAAGCGAGAAGAUUCUGUUUGUUCUAAUUUGUCUGAUUUUGCACCUUCUGAGUGCUCGGAGAUGUCUCUGGAUGUCUCAGUACGAGACGACUUGGCAUACAAUACGUUCACUAAGUUUGAUAACAUUGAGCAAGGGCUAGAUGAUGUCAAAGGUUCAAUGUUAGAAAUGGAUGAAAAAGUCAACAAGUUUACAUCUAAACCUAACCCAUAUACUUUCAAAACUACUUUCUCAGAUUAUUCCAUUACAUCAGGUGAUUCACGCCCUAACUCGGCCAUGGAGAUUGUCAAUGCCCAUCGUUCAAGGGCAAGUUUUAAGGGACUCAUAAAUGCUAAACCCAAUACAUCAUCAGAGUCAGAAGCUUUGGAAGCAUUUGGGGCUGAUGCGUCACAGCUGCCAGGACAUGGUAUCUCAGGCUCAGACGCUGAAGGCUCAUUUGAAUGGGAUUCUCCACAGCAUGGCUGGUCAAAUAAGCGUGUUCUUUCCCUCUCCAGACUACCAGAACCACCAUCUGAAGAUGCCGAGUUAUCACAUGCAUCUCUGCAGGAUGACACGAUGCCAUCACUGGAGUGGGAUCAUGGCUGCUUUGAACAGUAUGCUGAAGAAGAUGGACCCUCGCAAGACGAUCCAAAUGAUGAAGUCUUCCACCCUAACUCUCAUAAUAGCUUUACCGAACUAGGAGGCUUUGAAGAAUAUAAAGUAACAUGCAAAAGACAGCAGCUGUUGCCAGAUCACUCAUCUUUGGAGUUGGACUUGGAGGAGGAGCUUAUGUCCUCCUCUGGACUACUGGCAGAAGAACCUGACCUCCACAAUGCACCAAUGACUAUCUCGAUUGACUCCGCUAUCCACUCUGGCACUGGGUCACGUUCUACUUCCUCCAGUCCGCUUCCUUCUGGCAUGGGCAAUUCUCUGCUCAGAGAAAAAGAGGGAUCAUCAGGAAGCAGCACCUCUACUCCUCUGCAUUGUGUUGACAACUGGAACCCUACCAUCACUAACGCAAACAUAAAUAAUAGUUAUACGAGCAAUAACACCGAUAACAACAUCAACAAUAAUCUCAUCAUGGGUAAUAAAUCAAGCACUGUUAAUGAUAAUGAUCACUCAUUUGCCUGUUCUCAACUGACAUCAGUUCUAGAUACCCAUAUAGCUGUUGGACCAAAAAUGGAACUUACUAAAUAUGCCAGUACAGAAUGGCAGGGAAAUACACCAAAGGCACAAAUUAUUAAACAGGGUUACUCAGCCAUUCCAAUUGAACUUGGUUUUGCUCACUUACGGAAAGUGAGAGGUGACAACUACUGUGGCGUGCGUGCUGCCCUAUACCAAGUGCUCUCCCUAGGCUUGCCAUUACCAAGUGGCCACACCACUCAUUCCCGCCUCGCAGCCGAGCUUGAUCAGGGUGCUACAUGGCUGCGUGAGUGGUCUUUUGGACAUCGUCUAAAUUUUACAAAGGAACAGAUACUCAAUGGAUUUUGGGAAUGCUUGGAUGCGUUGGAUAGCAUAGUGAUGAAUCUUAUGGGCUGCGAGAACCGGGAAUGUGUUGUGCUGUCUCGGCUAAAUGGAGACCCGGAGCUGGACGUAAAGCUGUGUGAAGCUAUUAAACUUCAUAUGCUUACAACAGCACUUGACCUGCACAUCAGCAACAACAAUGGAGAAAAUGUGCCUCUGUUUGCAAUGAUAAUGUUUGCCCGGCAUACCUCAUUAACACCUAGAGAUCUUGUAAGAAAUCAUUUGAAUCCAGUUGGUGAUACUGCAGGGUUGGAGCAGGAUCAACAUAAGAUUGAAAUGUUUUUGAUGGGUCAAACUUUGGGAGUUACACUGCAAGUUGUUCGUCCUGCAAGCUAUGGUAAAGAGGAUUUUAUCUGCUAUUACCCUGAUGCUAAUAUUGGGAUAUGGCCCGAAGUUACUUUGGUUGCUGAAGAUGAUCGUCACUAUAAUGUUCUUGUCAAAUGAGCUUUAAAAUUGCUGUUUGAUGCGAAGUUAAGCUGUUGCAGCCAGAGGAAGUAAAUAAUUAUGAAAAGAAAAAGUCAAGCCCAGAAUGCUCUUUAGCAACCAGAGGAAGACUGUUUAAAUAACGGUUCAUACUACUGUAAUAUCUCAAGCGCACUCACAUAGAAACUGUGAAAUGUGAUAUUUAUUCAUAUUUAUUUGGCAGUGUACUAAUGAAACUGUCGAUGAGACAAUUUUUAUUUAAAUAAAUAAAUAAUAUAUAU